AAGCAAAGCUUUUGUUACAGUUAGCCUGUUGCAUCCAGGAAUCAAGACUGGAAAGGACUUGCCUCAAAGGGCACUCUGAAAACUGAAUUCUAGAGAGCCACCAGCAAGCUGCCCGAAUUUGCCUGUAUCCUCUCAUUCUGCAUCUUACAAAGGACCAGACAAAGCAAAUCGGUAGUUUUUGGUUGCCACCAGCCGUGGAUGCCUUUGACAUUAUGACCGCAGAGGAUUCCACCGCAGCCAUGAGCAGCGACUCGGCCGCCGCGUCCUCGGCCAAGGUGCCCGAGGGUGUGGCGGGCGCGCCCAACGAGGCGGCGCUGCUGGCGCUGAUGGAGCGCACGGGCUACAGCAUGGUGCAGGAGAACGGGCAGCGCAAGUACGGCGGCCCGCCGCCCGGCUGGGAGGGCGCGCACCCGCAGCGCGGCUGCGAGGUCUUCGUGGGCAAGAUCCCGCGCGACGUGUACGAGGACGAGCUGGUGCCGGUGUUCGAGACCGUGGGCCGCAUCUACGAGCUGCGCCUCAUGAUGGACUUCGACGGCAAGAACCGCGGCUACGCCUUCGUCAUGUACUGCCACAAGCACGAGGCCAAGCGCGCCGUGCGCGAGCUCAACAACUACGAGAUCCGCCCGGGCCGCCUGCUCGGCGUGUGCUGCAGCGUCGACAACUGUCGCCUCUUCAUCGGCGGCAUCCCCAAGAUGAAGAAGCGGGAGGAGAUCCUGGAGGAGAUCGCCAAGGUCACCGAGGGCGUGCUGGACGUGAUCGUGUACGCCAGCGCGGCCGACAAGAUGAAGAACCGCGGCUUCGCCUUCGUCGAGUACGAGAGCCACCGUGCCGCCGCCAUGGCGCGCCGCAAGCUCAUGCCCGGCCGCAUCCAGCUGUGGGGCCACCAGAUUGCCGUGGACUGGGCCGAGCCCGAGAUCGACGUGGACGAGGACGUGAUGGAGACCGUGAAGAUCCUGUACGUGCGCAACCUCAUGAUCGAGACCACCGAGGACACCAUCAAGAAGAGCUUCGGCCAGUUCAACCCGGGCUGCGUGGAGCGCGUCAAGAAGAUCCGCGACUACGCCUUCGUGCACUUCGCCAGCCGCGAGGACGCCGUGCACGCCAUGAACAGCCUCAACGGCACCGAGCUGGAGGGCUCGUGCCUGGAGGUCACGCUGGCCAAGCCGGUGGACAAGGAGCAGUACUCGCGCUACCAGAAGGCGGCCAAGGGCGGCGGCGCGGCCGAGGCGGUGGCGCAGCCGCCCAGCUACGUGUACUCCUGUGACCCCUACACGCUGGCCUACUACGGCUACCCCUACAACGCGCUCAUCGGGCCCAACCGGGACUACUUCGUGAAAGCAGGCAGCAUAAGAGGCCGAGGGCGAGGUGCAGCUGGCAACAGAGCCCCGGGGCCCAGGGGGUCCUACCUUGGGGGAUAUUCUGCUGGCCGCGGCAUAUAUAGCCGCUAUCAUGAAGGAAAAGGAAAACAGCAAGAAAAAGGAUACGAACUUGUGCCGAAUUUGGAAAUCUCUGCCGUCAACCCAGUUGCCAUUAAACCUGGUACAGUGGCCAUCCCUGCCAUCGGGGCUCAGUAUUCCAUGUUCCCAGCAGCCCCAGCACCUAAAAUGAUUGAAGACGGCAAAAUUCACACGAUGGAGCACAUGAUCAGCCCUAUUGCUGUGCAGCCAGACCCAGCCAGUGCUGCCGCCGCCGCCGCAGCUGCCGCUGCAGCCGCCGCCGUGAUUCCUGCUGUGUCGACGCCGCCACCCUUCCAGGGCCGCCCGAUAACUCCAGUAUACACCGUGGCUCCCAACGUUCAGAGAAUUCCCACUGCCGGGAUCUACGGGGCCAGUUACGUUCCAUUUGCUGCUCCGGCCACCGCCACUAUCGCCACACUACAGAAGAACGCGGCCGCCGCUGUGUAUGGGGGGUACGCGGGCUACAUACCUCAGGCCUUCCCAGCUGCUGCUAUUCAGGUCCCCAUUCCUGACGUCUACCAGACAUACUGAGCCUGGUGACGAGAGCGAAGGCAGACCACAGAAACGCCACUGAAGGAACGCUUUACUAUUUAUGAAGAAAGAAUGUGUCGGAUUAGCACGCAGGUGCACCCGAAAGUGAAGAAUGCUAUCAGAUGUCACAUUGAAAUAUUUUAUACACAUGAAGUUUUCACUAGUUUUUUAAGACUAUUUUCAAUUUAGCCAGGCCUGCGUUCAUACAUUUCUAAGAGACUUGCAAUGGUUCAUGCCUUGAUACCAUCUUUUAAAAAUUUAUAUGCUGUA